AUGCAAUGUGGAUUCGCCUUUCUAGAAGCUGGUGCGGUUAGGAGCAAGAAUACAACAAACAUUUUGAUAAAAAAUGUCAUGGACUCAUUUGUCUCGGGAGCGUCUUACUGGGUCUUUGGUUUUGCCUUCGCUUACGGAGACGGUGGGAUGGCGAAUAAGUUUAUUGGAGCAUCGUAUUUUGCAUCAUAUGAUCUUCCGGAUGCAAAAUAUGCCGAGUUUUUCUUCCAGUAUACAUUCGCUGCCACUGCAGCCACCAUUGUCUCCGGUGCUAUGGCCGAGAGGUGUGAAUUUGUAGCCUAUUUUGCCUAUAGCUUCUGUAUAACAGGGUUUAUCUAUCCCGUGGUAACACAUUGGGCAUGGGGAGGUGGCUGGCUCUCCGAGGGUUAUGAAUACGACAGUUUUGGAACAAUUGCUUAUCAGGAUUUUGCCGGAAGCGGUAUUGUGCAUGUGCUUGGGGGCGUAGCGGCAUUUGUCGGGGCUGCCCUACUGGGGCCACGAACAGGAAGGUUCCAUGGAGGACAGGUGGCACAACUCAGAGGACACUCAGUACCCAUUGCUGCUCUUGGUGGAUUCAUCCUGUUUUUUGGGUUUCUGGCUUUUAAUGGCGGUUCACAGCUGGCUAUCAGUAACCCAGGUGACGGCGAGGCAGUUGCCCUUUCUAUCGUUAAUACCAUAGUAUCUGCAUCAUUUGCUGCCUUCGGUUCCCUGCUUAUUAAUCGCAUCCCCGGUCUUGGUAACAGCUGGAGUCUGCUCGUCACAAUAAAUGGAGCGCUUACGGGUAUGGUUGCUGCUUGCGCAGGUUGUAACAGUAUGUACCCAUGGGGAGCAUGUAUAUUAGGAAUUUUUGCCUCAAUUUCGUACACACUUUGGUCUUGGCUAAUGAAGAAGAUGCGGAUAGACGACCCUCUGGACGCUGUUGCUGUUCAUUUUGGAGGAGGUCUGUGGGGAGUCAUUGGCAUUGCAUUUCUUGAUAGAGAAGAUGGAAUCUUGAUGAGAUGGGAUCAACGGUCUGGAUACAAACUACUGUGGCAGCUGUGUGGUCUAGGGGUGAUUAUCGGCUGGACGGCGUUUUUCAGCCUCUUGUUGUUUGGCUUCCUCAAGGUGUUCGGUUUACUACGUGUUCCACUGGAAAUUGAAGAGAAGGGACUAGACAUUCCGAAACACGGUGAACCUGCCUACCCAGCAGACGCAUAUGGUCACGGUCAUGUGGAGCAUAUCAUGCAGGUCGUGCAGAACAAACCCACCAGCGUCGUGCAAUCAUAUGAAAACCAGGCGUUCGAAAACCAGGCUUACCAAAGGAGAGUGUCUGGCAGUGGUCCCUACGAACAUCCCGAAAUCAGGGCAUUGAAGAAAAAUGGCAUGACGGUGACUGUCCUUGGCUCAGAGGGAAAUGGGAUAAGGCCUUCGGGACUACAGGGGAGUCCUAGACCGGAAACAGUGCUGGAGGAACCGGAACCGGAAUCUGUGAACAACAAUGGAACAAAUGAUUCUGACCGGUACUUUGUAUCUCAAUUUUAG